CUGAUGAUGUAAAAACGUUGAAGUCAACCAUGGGUGAAAUACACGAGCGUUUGUAUAAUCUCGGGGAAUAUUCCUGGAAAAAAGUUCCUGAGUGUCAAAACCGGAUUGACAGCCUGGAGCUAUCUUCACGGUCUACUAAUGCAAUUCUAUAUCUGAUCAUGGUAGUGGUCUUCGGUCUAGUCACUUGGGUAGUGUACACACCGACAUCCAGUGUAGGGGUUCAGAAAAGGGCCGUACAACAUUCAAGUGGAACCCAUUGGUCCACGACACCGGCUGAUGACCAGGAAACCUAUAGGCCGGUUCGGUCAGUUCUAGACAGCAUACAUCCGUCGACUCUAAACAACCAGAUCUGUGUAAUCAGUUUCUACUCGGAGACGAAGGCCUUGCAUAUGCGCCUUGUGGAAUCUGCCUGCAUUAGUGGAGAGCUCAGAAAUGUAGAGAGAGUUAGCUCCCUUAUCUCCGUUCACGAUAACAUCCCUAAUUUGCCUCGUGCCAAAGUUUUCCUGGUUUUUUUUGACUUCAACGAACAAGACAUAAUUCUAGAGCAUCCGGACCGUGAGGUCGGAGAUCUCAGAAUGACCACUGUCCAGGGAGCUCGCAAAAUGGGAGGUGAUGUGUUUGUGGUGUACGUUAAAGACAAAGGAUCGCAGAAUCUGAACCAACAAGAGUUGUAUAAUGAACAUUUACGCUCUAUCAACAUACAUCCUGAGCUGUCUGUCCUUAGCGCAAAACAACGAGUGCUGACAACAUUUGAUGAAUUUACUAUGUUCCAGCGCUCUCAUUUAGCAAAAAUUUUUAUAAAGACUCUACACAAAUAGGAGACAUGUCAUUCAAGACAACUCACUCCCACAAAAGAAGAAGCAGAAAAAAAACUUUUCACUUAUUUUGCCUUGAUUGUGUUGUCAAAUGACAAAUGUUUUGCAUCUUUUGUCCAAAAGAAUAUUUUAGGAAACAAUCAAAAGAUAACUCUAUUUUUAGUUGCAUUGAUUAGGGCCCGGUAUCAGAGAUACAGAGAUAUGGGUGUCAAGUAGUAAUCACUGUCUGUCCAUCUGUCUUUCUGACUGUCCAUCUGUCUUUCUGACUGUCCUUCUGUCUUUCUGUCU